AUGGAGGACGACCAAGACGGGAAAAAACGCAUACGUGUGGCGUGUGAGACGUGUCGUCGCAAGAAGAUCAAGUGCAAUGGCCAACAACCGUGCUCCAAUUGUGUCCAUGUUCGCAACUCGAAGUGUGUCUACAAAGAACGUAUCAUCAAGAAGCGCCUGGCCGAAGACUCUGCCUCCCGCAAGCGCCGCCAUCUCCAGCUGAUGGAGCUGUUUGACAUGAGACUUUCGAAGAUGGAGCGCAUUUUGUGGUCGAUCUCCAACCGGAUGGAGUCACUCGUUGGUCCUGGUAAUAAUCAGAUCAAGUCUGUCCCGUCUCAUGACAGCUACAACAUGGUGCCUUUGCCCGGUCAUUUACCGUCAUCGUCAGAAGUCGAUGAAGGCGUGGACGAAGAAGAAGACGACGAUGAGCCACUGCUGGACGAGAAAGUUGGCGUCAACGAGGGUAAAAGCCUGGUGGUUUCAACGGUACCCACUGAACCACCUAUUGAGGUAUACAUUGGCAACCACCUGAUUAUGUGCAUAUUCAGUCGUAAAUCGCUUGACUGGAUUCUGACCGCGCUUGGCCUGGAAGGAAUUGUUCUUACAAACCCAAUCAGAAACUUGCCAGUGAUUUUCUUUUCAAAACUCAAGCUGUUCAUCCGCAAAUGGGUUGACCCUCCUGUGUUGGAUCUGAAAGGACGUCGACGUUUACUUGAGCGGCCAUUCACAUUAUCUCGCGAGGGCUGUUUUGCAUUGUUGGAAGCGGCGUCGCUGGAAAUCGCCAUUACCGGAUUGAUCAUUGACACUUGUCGCGUGGAAAAGCUUUUCCAAAAGUACUAUGACGCUCUCGAAUCCGGCAACCGCGUGCAAAUCAAAUGCUCUGAGCUUCUUAUCAUGUGCCUGAUAUUAUUGUGGUGCAUCACGUUCCUCGUCGACGAGAUUGCUCGGGGAGCUCAAUUGCCUCCAGUGAUUGCCAAUGAACUCGACGCGGAAGAUCUUCAAAAGUUGAAAGAUCAACUUUUCAAUCAAGCUAUUGCUUACUACCACCGUAUAUGUGUGAUAUCUGAGGGCUUGCCCACCAUUCAAGGCAUCCUCUUAUUCAUGAUGUAUAUCGAAGCUAAUUGGUUUAUCCUGCCGAUAAACUACAUUUUGGGUACCGUAGCGCUCCGGUUCGCUCAAGAAAUUGGUCUUCAUCGACUGGAAACUUAUGAGUGCCUUAGUUACGAGGAAUCUCUCGAACGCCGCCGCGUAUGGUGGUUCUGUUACUACUUUGACGUGGAAAUUUGUUUCCGAACUGGGAAGCCACCAUUGAUUGAUCUGUCAGACGUCACCACCGACUCUUACUCCGACUUCACUCAUUUUUUCACUUGGGCUGCUUGUAUGGGGCAAGACUUAUCCGAAGAUGUUGUCAAAGCUCACAAUGAGUUGCUGCAGGAGCUUUUGCGCGACCCCAGUAAGCCCGAAAGACAACUCAUAAAGUUCUCCAACUUGUGUGGUGAACCUAUCGCUGGUCAAGUUUAUCUCAAGGUGCUUUCGGAGAUUAGAGCCAAGCUGUACAAUCGCAUUUUCAGUGCCCGUGCAAAGCAGUACCUGUUUCCUAAGUUUAUGGACGUAUUGGAAGAACUCAACGAGGAGAUGGCAGCCUACGCUGAAUGCAUAUCUAGUGAACGCCGGCCUCGCUUUUGGGACGAUCCUCACUUUGAUACUAAUAAGCUUGAGUUUGUUACCGCUAUGCGCGAUAGACGUGAGUCUUUCAACAUGCAUUUGGCAUACUUUUUGCACCUCAUGAUUAUCAACCGGGUGCCAUUGGUGGUGGACACUGCUAAUUUAGGCAACGAAGAGAUCCUGAAGAUAAACCGCAGUCGGCACUUAUGCUUUCAACUGGCUAGAACAAUCUUGCAUCUUUGUAAGGACUUGAACCGACUGAACUGCUCCAUGUCGUACUUCAACUGGAUUGCCUUCUUUCCCUCCUCGGCAUUUUUGUGUCUUGUUGCUGGUGUGAUAAAUCACCCCCACUCAGACUCAUUGAAUGACAUCAAUUUGCUCAUCCACCUUCUGCGUAACUUCUUUGCUAUUGCCGAUUUAGAAGAAGGGGAUGCUAAGGCCCGAUUCUAUCACAAGGAAGCCAUGGUGGGACUUAUAAUCAAGCUCAUGCUUAAGAUUACCACAGUCAUUUAUGAAACUCGCAACAACCUGACAGUAUUCCUGGAUGAUGCUGGCUUGCAACACCACUUUGACAGUGCUCGGCUGAUGUUCCCCGAGCUCUUCAUGAACCACAAGGAGUUAAGGGCUAAGAUCAAGGGUGUGACUGGUGACCUGCCGUUUGGUAACAACAAAAACCCUCUGCUGUCUAGCACCCCUCAAAGUCGGGUUUUAGCUAUGGGCGAUCCCCAAACUGGCCCAGGCGGUGCCGGCACUCAGUACCACGCAUUGCCAACCGAAUACAUGCCAGUUGGCUCCCAAAUGCCACCCUGCAGCGACGGUCUGAUGGGUUGUAUGAUGCAAGCAUCUUACGACCCCAACACGGGCAUGAUGGACAAUCUGAAUGUGCCUGUGAAUGUCAAUAAAUACGCCGCUCUGAGCAAUCUGGACAGUGCUAACUUGACUCCUCAAUACCUGGGAAUACUUCACGGCAAUUUCCUUGAUGAUGCGAUAAGCAAUGACUCCUUCGGCUUAGGGCUGUAUUUGCAAACGGAAACCAUGCCAAACUUUUUCUUCGAUAAUAAUAUGGGUUUGGAAUGA